AUGAUCCGACCAACCCCCGCCUCUGCCCUCCGCCUCUUGACCAGCUCUUCGCGGUUUCCUCCAGCAUCGGCAGUGACAAGCAGGUCGACUUUGUUCUCGAGAGCUAUGGCCAGCAACGCGGCGCAGAAGCCGGAUUGGAUUGUGGUGGUGCACGACCGGAAGGAUAGUACGCUGGAGAGGAGGAUGGCCGCGCGAGACCAGCACAUCGGCAACUUGGGGCCCCUGAUUGAUUCUGGGCUCCUGAAGAUGGGAGGGUCAAUCCGUGGGGUGCCAUUGACUGAUUGUCCUUCAGGAGCAAUCCUCAAAAACCACCCAAAGGAGGGUGAAGCCCCACCAAUGAACGGAAGUGCCUUGGUUGUCUCCGCAGAUACAGAGGAAGAAAUCCGUGAGGCAUUGUCUAACGAUAUCUAUGCUAAGACUGGAGUGUGGGACUUGAACAACAUCGAAAUCUAUCCGUUCCGAUGCGCUCUCAACACCUAUGCAAACCCAAAGAAAUAG